UUCCCUCAUUUCCAGUCCCUCUUUCUCACUCCUGUGCCUCUCUCUCUUUCUUCUCGCACAAUUCAUGUCAAAAUGACUCCUCUUCCAAUUCUCUUCUCUUUCUCCCUGCCACUACUCCUGUCUAAAUGUUUUCUUCCCUUCUCUUUGUCUAGGUAGGAAUGCCCUUGUACACCAAAGCGAGUUUGCAUGGGGGAAAUGUGUGGCUGGUAAUACUGAUCUCUCUUCGUUUUAACAAUUUGUCUUAAUACAGGAAAUGAUAGAUUUCUUUCAAUCUGAGCAUAGAAUCUUGUGAUUUGCUUAGUCACAAAAGUGGAGACUUUCUUCUCAUCAACAAGACACUUGGAGUGAAAACUUGUUAAGGACAGAAAGAUGUACCAGCACUACAAACUAUUUUGAUCAGCGCCACAAAAAACCAUCUCUCACUUCUUGGGUCCAGCUGCUGACCAGGAAAAAUAAGAAGGCCAUACUGUGGAAUUAAGGAUCCAAAAGAAAUGCUUUUUGGUCUCACACUCUGACAGCCAGGUUUAUGCAUUCUAAUAUACUAUCCAAAAGUGAUAUACUUGGAACACACAGUUCUAUACUUGAGGAAGAGAAGGAGAAAGGAAGAUGAAUACUUCUAUUGGAAUACUGGAUGAGUUCACCACAACUUUCAACUAUGAUGAUAUAAUAGAACCAGUCUAUAAUACUCAUGUCAACAUAUUCACUUCCUAUUUUGUGCCACCACUUUACUCAUUGGUGUUUAUAUUUGGCCUGCUGGGAAAUGCACUUGUUGUGCUGAUCCUCAUCAAAUACAAGAGACUCAAGAGCAUGACCGACAUCUACUUGCUGAAUCUGGCCAUCUCUGACUUGCUUUUCAUUAUCUCGCUUCCAUUUUGGAUUUAUUAUGUAGCACAUGAGUGGGUAUUUGGCAAUGAAAUGUGCAAAAUCUUCUCUGGAAUCUACAGUGCGGGUUUCUUCAGUGGAAGCUUCUUCAUCAUUCUUUUGACAGUCGACCGGUACCUGGCAAUUGUUCAUGCAGUGUUUGCACUUAAAGCUAGGACAGUUCUCUAUGGUACCCUCUCAAGUGUUGUCACAUGGGCUGUAGCAAUAUUAGCUUCUAUUCCUGCAUUCAUAAUUUACCAUGUUCAAAAGGAAAAUGAGAAAUGCAAAUGCAACUUUUUUUAUCCUCUUGGAAAGGAAAAAGAAUGGAGGCAAGUUAUAACUUUAAUGACAUUCACUUUGGGCUUAGCCAUUCCAUUAGUCAUAAUGGUGUUCUGUUACAUUCGGAUUAUAAUGGUUUUGAUGAACAUUCACAAUGAAAGAAAGAGGAAAGCCGUCAAGAUUAUUUUUCUCAUAAUGAUUGUUUAUUUCAUUUUAUGGAUGCCAUACCACAUUGCCAUUUUAUUGCAGACCUAUCAAGAUGUAUUUUUUUCAGUUGACAAAUACAUUGAUAGUGAUGGCAAUCUGAGACUGGCCAUUGAAGUGACAGAAGUCAUUGCUAUGAUUCAUUGCUGCCUCAAUCCUGUGAUCUAUGCCUUUGUGGGGGACAAAUUUAGGAAAUAUCUCUGUAUCUUUUUCCAAAAGCAUGUAGCAGUAUACUUCUGCAGGCUUUAUACAGGUCGACACUGCUCUAAAUUAGAACGGUCUACUUCCUCCUACAUAAGUACAACAGAACAUGAUAUUUCUACUGGUUUGUAAAGUGCCUUUCAGCUGUGUAUAUUUUUGAGUCUUUUCUUAUUGUAGUUUCAUUGUGUGAGUAGGAAUAUCAGAGUGGUAAGAGGGAGCAGAAAACAAUAUGUUAUGCUUGAUGAUCCUAUGGAUUUUGGAAGGAAGCCCUUUCGAUAAUUCUUCCUACCUGUAAAGGGAAUGGCUCACAUGAAAGGAACUAUCCUGAGUACUGAACCUAUCUGAGGCUGGUUCAGCAUCUUGGAUAGUGCCUUUAAGGUUUGUCCUAAAACCCAGAGCAGAUUCACUGUUGUGAAUGGCAAUAGACACAACCAAGCUUCAGUAUGAGCAUUUGAGGAACAGCCAGCGCAGAGGGAAAUAGCCACAAUCGGAGCAGCCCCAGAUGUUCUAGUAUCAGCCUACAUAGGAAAGGCAGGCUAGAGCACAGGGACAUUGCUGGAUGCAGUAUUGGCACUGCUCAUGUAAACAUCUUUCCCAGUUCUGAUAUCUUGGCCUUGAUUCUUGUGACCUCUAGCAAUGGCUUCUCCAGCUUAUCCUUCUGCACAUUCCUCCACCUGCUCUGUUUCGCUCUGACAGAUUUUAUCAGCUUUUGACAUCUGGACUCUCCUUAGCUACAUUCUUCACUGAGUUAUUUUCAACAACUUUCUGACUCUAGCCACCAGCCUUCACUGCUUCCGGGAAGAAGUACUACAACAGAAGAUAACAGGAAGAUUGUGGUCCCUUCUCAUGAUGCAAUUCUAGCACAUUCAUACCAUCUUAACUGCCACACCUGGAUCCUACAGAAUCCUGAGAUUUGUACUUUUAUGAGUCAUUUAGAAUUCUCAUUUAGAAAGCUGUAGUACCUCACCAAACUGCAAAUCUAGUAUCCCACAGGAUGUUAUCAUUAGUUAAACUGAAUCAUAGCACUAUAAUAUUGUAACAUGAAACAGGCCUAUAUCAAACAUAUGCUGAUGGGCAGAGAUGUAAUUUUUGUAAGAGAUGCAAAUUUGUAAAAAAAAAACCCAACAACCUUGCAAUUUUUUUUACAUAAAAUACUGGAAUAAAACUGAAAUUUAAUAAAUAAA